AUGUCCGAAACUGCUCCCGCCGAGACUGCUGCACCAGCUCCUGUGGAAAAGUCUCCCGCCAAGAAGAAGACAACGAAAAAGGCCGGUGCUGCCAAGCGCAAGGCCACCGGCCCGCCGGUGUCCGAGCUCAUCACUAAGGCUGUGUCCGCCUCCAAGGAGCGCAGCGGCGUGUCCCUCGCAGCGCUCAAGAAGGCGCUGGCGGCCGGUGGUUACGAUGUGGAGAAGAACAACAGCCGCAUCAAGCUGGGGCUCAAGAGCCUGGUGAGCAAGGGCACCCUGGUGCAGACCAAGGGCACCGGCGCCUCCGGCUCCUUCAAGCUCAACAAGAAGGCGGCUUCCGGGGAGGCAAAGCCUAAAGCCAAGAAGGCCGGGGCUGCUAAGGCCAAGAAACCUGCAGGUACCACCCCGAAAAAGCCCAAGAAGGCUGCGGGGGCCAAGAAGACCGUGAAGAAAACUCCGAAGAAAGCAAAGAAGCCUGCGGCGGCUGGAGUAAAGAAGGUGGCCAAGAGCCCUAAGAAGGCCAAGGCUGCUGCUAAGCCUAAAAAGGCAGCUAAGAGCCCGGCAAAGCCCAAGGCUGUGAAGCCAAAAGCAGCUAAGCCUAAAGUUGCCAAGCCAAAGACAGCUAAGCCUAAAGCUGCUAAGGCAAAGAAGGCUGUUUCCAAAAAGAAGUAG